CUGACAUAAGUUAAUAAUUCAACAUUGUCAACAAAGAUUUUGUAUAAAAUGGCUUUCUGAGGAGUUGUUUAUCUCAUCUCACCUCAUCCCACCAUGAGAACGGUCGUGCUUGCCCUGACUCUAGCCCUUGUGGCGAGUCAAGAUCUUAACUUUGCACCUGAGUUUGCUGCCAAAAAUACCUAUGUGUACAAGUAUGAAGCAGUACACCUGAGCGGUCUGCCUGAGGAAGGUCUGGCAAGAGCAGGAUCAAAACUCAUCAGCAAAGUUUUAAUUGGCGCAGUUGCCCAAGAUAUCUAUGUGCUGAAGCUUGUGGACCCAGAGAUCUUUGAGUACAGUGGUGUCUGGCCCAAAGAUCGUUUUUUUCCAGCUGCAAAGCUCACUUCAGCUCUGGCUGCUCAGCUCCAGAAACCCAUCAAGUUUGAGUAUGCCAAUGGAGUUGUGGGAAAGAUAUUCGCUUCUUCUGAUGUAUCUACAAAGGUGUUGAAUAUCCACAGAGGCAUCUUGAACAUCCUUCAGCUGAACAUAAAGAAGACACAGAACGUCUAUGAGCUGCAAGAGGCUGGAGUUCAGGGAGUGUGCAAGACCCACUAUGUCAUCAAUGAGGACACUAAGGCUGAGCGCAUCCAUUUGACCAAGACCAAGGAUCUGAAUAACUGCCAGGAGAGACUCAUGAAGGACUUUGGUUUGGCUUACACUGAGAAAUGUGUGGCUUGUCAGCAGGCUGGAAAGAACCUGAGGGGAGCUGCAGCCUACAACUACAUCAUGAAGCCAACUGACAAUGGUGCUCUGAUCAUGGAAGCCACUGUUACUGAGGUUCAUCAGUUCUCUCCAUUCAACGAGAUGACCGGAGCUGCACAGAUGGAGGCAAAACAAGUCUGGACAUUUGUUGAGAUUCAGAAGACUCCACUUAAGCCUGCUGAAGAAGAGUAUAGCCACCGUGGAUGGCUGCAGUAUGAGUUUGCUUCUGAGCUUCUUCAGACACCCAUUCAUCUUCUUAAGAUACACAACCCACAGGCACAGGCUGUGGAGGUUCUGAAUCAUUUGGUCAAAUACAACAUUGCUGAGGUUCAUGAAGAUGCCCCUUUGAAGUUUGUGGAGCUAAUCCAGCUGUUACGUGCAGCCCGCCUGGAGAAUAUUGAAGCCAUCUGGUCUCAGUUCAAGGCCCAACCAGCUUUCAGACACUGGAUCCUGGAUGCUAUUCCAUCUAUUGGAUCUGCUGUUGCAAUCCGGUUUAUCAAGGAGAAGUUUAUCGCCGGUGACAUUACCGUUGCUGAGGCAGCUCAAGCUCUUGUGGCUGGUGUACACAUGGUGACAGCUAAUAUGGAUAGUGUCAAGCUUGUUCAGGAACUGGCUUUUCACCACAAAAUUCAAGCACAACCAGCUCUGCGUGAGGUUGCAAUGCUUGGUUAUGGUACCAUGGUUUUCAAAUACUGUAACACAGAACCCAAUUGCCCUUCUGAACUUGUAAAGCCCAUUCAAAACCUUGCCACUGAAGCUGCUUCUCAGGACAGAAUUGAUGAGCUUUCCCUGCUUCUGAAAGUCCUUGGUAAUGCUGGUCAUCCUGCUAGUCUUAAGCCAAUCAUCAAGCUCCUGCCCAUGCUCGGAACUGCAGAAACUGCUCUGCCUUUGAGAGUCCAGGUUGAUGCUAUCUUGGCCCUCAGAAAUAUUGCAAAAAGGGAGCCCAAAUUGAUUCAGGAAGUGGCUGUGCAGCUCUUCACGGACAGGGCUCUCCACCCAGAACUCCGCAUGGUUGCUUGCGUUGUGCUGUUUGAGACUAGGCCUUCGAUGGGUCUUGUGACUACCCUUGCAAACAUCCUGAAGACAGAGGAAAAUCUGCAGGUGGCCAGCUUCACCUACUCUCACAUGAAGUCCCUGACCAGGAGCACUGCCCCUGACUUUGCUCCAGUUGCCGCAGCAUGCAAUGUUGCAAUGAAGAUUCUCAGCUCCAGGUUGAACAGGCUGAGCAGUCGCUUCAGCAGAGCUAUUCAUCUGGAUGCCUAUCACCAUCCUCUGAUGAUUGGUGCUGCUGCCAGUGCUUUCUACAUCAAUGAUGCUGCCACCUUAUUGCCCAGAGCUGUGGUAGCCAAGUCACGCAUUUACAUUGCUGGUGUAGCUGCUGAUGUUCUGGAGGCUGGAGUGGCAACUGAAGGACUCCAGGAGGCUCUUCUGAAAAUUCCCCAGGCUGCUGAAAAUGCUGACAGGAUCACAAAGAUGAGACGCGUCAUUAAGGCUUUGAUGGACUGGAGAUCCUUGCCAUUGAACAAACCUUUGGCCUCCAUUCAUGUGAAAUUCUUUGGACAGGAAAUUGCCUUUGCCAACCUUGACAGGACCAUCAUUGAUCAGGCCAUUGAGCUGGCUUCCAGUCCCUCUGCUAAAUCACUGGGAGCACAUGCUCUAAAAGCACUGCUGUCUGGAACCUCCUUCCAGUACACUAAGCCCCUGCUGGCUGCAGAGGUGCGUCGCAUCUUCCCCACAGCUGCUGGUCUGCCCAUGGAGCUUGGUCUCUAUACUGCUGCUGUGGCUGCUGCAGAUAUCAAUGUUAAAGCCACUUUCACACCAGCUCUGCCAGAGCCAAUCCACGUUGCUCACUUGUUACAAACAGACAUUCAGCUUCAUGCUGAGGUCAAACCAAGCCUUUCUGUGCAUACCUUUGCUGUGAUGGGGUUGAACACCGGUUUGAUGCAGGCUGCUGUGAUGACAAGAGGAAAGGUCUACUCAAUUUUACCUGCUAAACUAGCAGCCAGACUUGACAUCGCAAACGGCAACUUUAAGAUUGAGGCCUUGCCUGUACCUGCUCCUGCUCACAUUGUAGCAGCACGAGUUGAGACCUUUGCUAUUGCAAGAAAUGUGGAGGAUCUCCCUGCUGAAAGAAUUACACCCAUGAUUCCUGCUAAAGCCUUAGCAUCGAUUUCCAGGGAGAAGUUGUCAUCCAAAAUGUCCUCCUCUCUUGCUAAUAGUUGGUCAAGAUCUUCUGAAAUCAUUAAUUCUGAUCUGCCCUCCAACAUCAAGCCUUACAUUAAAGUAUUAAAGAAGACUCUUUGUGCUAAAACCACUACCUUUGGUCUCAAAGCAUGUCUUGAAGUUGCCUCUCAGAAUGUGGCCUUCAGCAAAAACUCUCCACUUUACAAACUGAUUGGAAAGCAUUCAGCUCUUGCAACCAUUGUGCCAGCUUCUGGACCCGCCAUUGAGAAACUGGAGAUGGAGGUACAAAUUGGCUUGAAGGCAGCUGAGAAGAUCAUUAAAGUUAUCAAUCUGAACGAAGAUGAUGAAGCUCCCAAUGCAAAAAAUGUCCUGUUGAAACUCAAGAAAGUCUUGCUUGGCAAGAAUGGUACCAGAUCUUCCUCCAGCUCCAGUAGUUCUCGUUCCAGCAGCUCUCGGUCUUCCUCUUCCUCCUCAUCCUCUUCUUCCUCAAGCUCAUCCAGCUCAUCCUCCCAGGCCAAAAGAAAGAUCCUUGAUAUAAAUGCUGUCGCACUUAACAAGAGAGUUCGCAACAACAGCAGCAGCAGCAGCAGCAGCAGCAGCAGCAGAAAUGGCAAACUAAGCUCAAGCAGCCGUUCCUCAAGUUCCAGUUCCUCCAGUUCCUCCAGUUCUUCCAGUUCCUCUAGUUCCUCUAGCUCCAGCUCUUCCAGCUCUUCCAGCUCCUCCAGUGGUCGCCAGUCCAGAGUAAAGAUUCCAACAUUCAAUAAGAACCAUCAGAAACGGUCUCAAGUCAUUUCUCAAUCCAGCAGAAGCAGUGCUUCCAGCUUUGAGGCAAUCAACAAACAGAAUAAGUUCCUUGGAAAUGCUGUUUCUCCUACUAUGGCAAUCCUCAUCCGUGCUAUAAGAGUUGACCGUAAAAUGCAGGGAUACCAGGUUGCUGCUUACAUGGACCAAGCUACAUCCAGAGCACAGAUCAUCAUUGCUGCUCUGGCUGAGGGUGACAACUGGAUGAUGUGUGCUGAUGGUAUUCUGCUCAGCCAACACAAAGUCACAGCCAAGAUUGCCUGGGGUCUUGAAUGCAAAGAAUAUGAAACCUUCAUCACUGCGGAGACAGGUCUUGUUGCCCAGAGAGAAGCAGGUCGUUUGACGGUUUCUUGGAACAAACUUCCCAGUGCUGUUAGACGUUAUGCUAAAAGUGUAUCUGCACAUAUUUCCGAUGCAGCCUCCCUAGCAGGAAUGGUGCAGACUAAAGCCAAAAAUAGUAACAAACAGAUUUCUCUGACUAUGGUUGCAACAUCCAAAAAGACUAUUGAUAUCAUUCUGAAAUUCGCAAAGAUGACACUGUACAAACAGGCUGUGGUCCUUCCCAUGUCUUUACCUUUUGAUAACAGUGGGCUCGAUCCCUUAGAUGACAACAUUGUUAAUAGAGUCCAUUACUUGUUCGCCCAGGCCAAUGCAGCUGAAUGUAGCAUGGAUGGAAACACACUGACUACAUUCAACAACAAGAGGUACCAGAGUGAAAUGCCGCUCUCCUGCUACCAAGUUGUGGCUCAGGAUUGCACACAAGACCUCAAAUUUAUGGUUCUACUGAAGAAAGAUCACGCCUAUGAAAAGAACCACAUCAACGUGAAAGUAGCUAACAUUGAUAUUGACUUGUCUAUCAAGGACAACAAUGUGCUGGUGAAGGUUAAUGGAAUGGAAAUUCCAACCAAUAACCUCCCAUACCAACAUCCAACCGGUUCCAUCCAGAUCAAGCAAAAUGGUGAUGGGGUUUCUCUCUUGGCUUCAAGCCAUGGUCUUCAUGAAGUGUACUUCGAUAAUAACUCAUGGAGGGUCCAAGUUGUGGACUGGAUGAAGGGUCAGACCUGUGGUAUCUGUGGUAAAGCUGAUGGGGAAGUCAGACAGGAGUUCCGCAUGCCCAAUGGACGCCUGAGCAAGAGCCCAGUCAGCUUUGCUCAUUCCUGGGUGCUUCCAGCUGAGAGCUGCCGUGACACCACCGAAUGUCGUAUGAAGCUUGAAUCUGUAAAGCUGGAGAAGCAGAUGUUUGUCAAUGGCCAGGAGUCCAAAUGCUACUCUGUUGAGCCUGUGCUGCGCUGUCUGGACGGUUGCUACCCAGUGAAGACCACCCCUGUCACCAUUGGCUUCCACUGUCAGCCAAAUGAUUCUAUCCUGAGUCAGCUGACCAGCAUCUAUGAGAAGAGUGUGGACAUGAGGGAGACAGUGGAUGCCCAUGUGGCCUGUCGUUGUACUGCUGAGUGUGCUUAGUGCCCUGGCGGAGCAGAAACAUAAAAGCUCUUAACAGCUGAGUUUUAAUUUAAAGGUGUCGGGAUGUAUCCUUAUAUGUUUCAUGCUUGAUCAGUUAAGUUGAAAUAAAUUUUGAGAACGUUUAAAAAACUUGAAA